AUGGAUGGUAUCGGGGACGGGUCCGACGGAAUGGGCUUCGACAUGCCCAUGCUGAUGAACCAACAACCUCAUAUAUUCGGAAGUUAUGGGCAUGAUGGCUCGCCGGUCGCCCCCGUCUUCUCCAAUACCGCCUUCCCCGACGAGUCAUCGAUGGGAGGAGCUGAUGACAGCAAUGAUGCCAAAAGAAGGAGAAUUGCGAGGGCAUGCGACAUGUGCCGGAAGAAGAAAAUCAAAUGCGACGGCAAGAUGCCCAAAUGCUCGCACUGUACAAAUUACAAGACGGACUGUGUGUUUACCCAGGUCGAGAAAAAGCGGAAUCCUCCCAAAGGGGCGAAGUAUAUUGAAGGUCUGGAGAAUCGGCUAGGGAGGAUGGAAUCGUUACUGCGCCUAUCUGGACUGCUGUCCGAGGAUGAUGGAGGGAAAACAGAUCUUGGAACGCUGGAGAAGCGUCUUGCUGAUCGAUAUCAUACCAACGGGUUAAAUAAUCCGCCAAAGAUCGGCAUCCCAAAUCAGCCCGCUCCCUCACAGCAAAAUAGUUCGUCCCGUUAUUCGACUCCUCGGGUGGAAUCUCACUCAAGUCCUCGGACGGCUCCAACGUCUCCCGACUCGCAAAAGGGAUCCGAGACGGAGGUUGAGGGUCUUUCAGACAUGAUGUGCUCCCUUGUGACGAACAACUGCGGGGAGACUCGAUAUAUUGGUUCGUCCUCCGGGUUUUCGAUUUUCUCGCCGAAAGGCAUUCAAUGGGUCAACGAGAAAACCGGGGACACUUCGUUUCAGGAUAUGAUCUCAUCGGCCUACGUAGAUGAUAACAAAUGGAUGUACUGGAAACCAGAGAUUUUCAGCGACAUCUUCGCUCGCCGCGUUUUCAAACCCCUGCCGCCUAAGGAGGAAGCCAUGUCGCUAUUCAAAGACUUCUUUGACAAUUUCAACUGUAUGUUUCCGCUUUACCAUGAGCCGACCUUCAUGCAUCUUGUUGAGCGGCAAUAUUCCCGAGAUCCAUACGAAGGAUCUGGCUGGUGGGCCAGUAUCAAUGUGGUGCUGGCUAUUGCCCACCGCUUACGAGUCAUGAGCAACCUGGUACCGCAGGAAGAAGACAGAAAGGCUUGGUUAUAUUUGAAAAAUGCUAUGGGAGUUUUGACUGAACUCACGAUGCGGAACACUGAUCUUCUUAGUGUCCAAGCCUUGUUAGGAAUGUCCCUUUUUCUGCAGGGAACACCCAACCCUCAGCCCUCUUUUUUCCUGGUUGCAGCGGCUAUCAGGCUCUCUCACAGCAUCGGUCUUCAUAAGAGGGGAUCCGGCUUUGGUCUGAACCCAGUAGAGGUGGAGCAACGGAAGCGAGUCUUCUGGAUCGCCUAUCUGCUGGACAAAGAUAUUUGUUUGCGCUCCGGUCGCCCGCCCGUUCAAGACGAUGAUGAUAUGAAUGUUGAAUUGCCCAGCGACGAUCCACCUGAUAACAUCGGCAAUGUGCCAUUAUCCGAUGGCAGAAGCAAGUUCAACCUGUUCCGAUCAAUGUGCCGAUUUGCUACCAUCGAGAGCAAAGUAUAUAAACGACUCUACUCUGCGAAAGCAUCAAAGCAAUCCGAUGGCGAGCUCCUCAAUACUAUUGGUGACCUCGAUAAAGAGCUCGAAGAGUGGAAAGACAGCAUACCUUUAGAUUUUCGGCCAGAGCAUGAAAUCAAGGCUACACAUACUCCUCUUAUCCUUCACGUUGUCGUACUUCAUUUCGCCUACUAUAACUGCCUAACGACCAUCCACCGCAUGUCUGUGCAUCACGGAUACUGGACAAGUCGUCUGUCCAACUAUGCUAUACAAGGUCUGAAUGCCAGGCCCCUGAAUCCCCGGGUGUUCUUAUCUGCGGUGCUCUGCGUGACUGCUGCCAGGGCAUCCAUAAAUUUGAUCAAGUAUAUCCCACAAGGUGAUUUUGCUUGCGUCUGGUUGAUUCUAUAUUACCCUGUUUCAGCUCUUGUCACGCUAUUUGCCAACAUCCUUCAAAACCCCAGUGAUGCCCGCGCUCGAUCGGAUGUCAAAUUGAUGAAUGUUGUUGUCAAUUUUCUGUCAACUCUGGUUUCCGACGAGUCCAACGGUAGUAUUAAGCGUAUGCUUGGACUAUGUGGCGAAUUUGAGAGAAUCGCCAAAGUGGUUCUUGACAAAGCCGAGAAGGAGUCGCAUUCCAAAAAGAAACGCAAAUCUCCCGACGACUCUGUUGAUUUACAGCAGAAUACCCCUGAAGAGAAUCCUGCUCAUUCACCCUCAACGAGAUCGCAGCCGACUGGGGCAGCUCCAAGGAUAGUUCCAAUCUCGUCACCUCUGUUUGCUGAAAACCUGGCUGAAUCUGGCUCACAUGGUAUGGCUAGUGCCACAAGAGCGUUUGCCCCCAACACAGGGGUUUCUGCGACCACUGGCAUCCCGACCAGUAUGCAAGGUGGAAUACAGGCCAUGCCUGGGCUUGGACAGGAUUUCCCGGACAUGCUGAGUCCCAACCCUCUGGAAAGUGUCAAUUUCGUUGACCAACAACCGUUCACGACUACUGAAAAUACUCCAUUAUCUUCUUUUCAGCAGCCCUUCGUUCCGCAAGAUUUGUGGCAGAUGCCGAUGACAAUUGAAUGGGACUGGGCAGACAUGUCGACGAACUUUCCGGUAUUCGAUCCCAACGGCCCACCGCAAGGUGGAACGUGA